AUGGCCCUCUACAGCGUGGCAAAGCGCACUCACUGGAUCGGUGUAGCCCUGCUCUUCAUCUCCUCCCUCCUACUCCUCUUCACAACAAUCUCCGCCCCCAUCAUGAAUGGCGUCUCCCUCCUCCACGUGACCCUCACCAACGAAACCCAAAUCCGUCAUUCCUCCGUCAGCUUCGGUACUUUCGGCUACUGUAUCCUCGAUGUACCUCCGAUUCAAACGGAUCAAGAUUGGUGCACAAAACGCUAUAUCGGGUACGAGCCAGCGGAUAUUAUGGCGAAGAUUGACAAGACUUCGUUCUCUGAGAUCGCAGCUGGCACGAGUGAUAGUUUGACGAGAGUCAUGGUGCUGCAUCCGGUUGCUUGUGGAUUGACUUUUGUGGCGUUUUUGUGCAGUAUGGGUGCCGGUGUGGUUGGAUCACUGGCUGGAGUUUUCGUGGCGUUUGUAGCCUGGAUCUUGGUGCUAAUCAGUCUGGCUGUCGACUUCAGUCUCUUCGGCAUCGUGAGACAUCACGUCAACACGGACAAGUCUGGCAGCCAGGCUAAGUUCGGAUCUGCCAUUUGGUUGCUCCUUGCUAGCUUUGUCACGCUGUUUCUCGGUAUGCUCAUCGUGUUCUUCACGUGCUGCAGCGCCCAGCGUGAGAAGAAGCGUGGUGCAGGUGUCAAGAAUGAGGGAUAUCCGUCUGCUCAAAGCACAGCUGGAGCUGCUGGACCAAAGAAGAAGAGGUUCGGCCUCUUUUAA